UAUUUGAGAGGACAGAAAGUUUCUUUAGAUACAUGGUUUGCAUUGCCCUUUAAAAAAAAAUCGCUAUGUCACUUUUUGCAUCUAGUGUAAUUGUGCAACCAAUGUAGAUCUAGUAUCUAAAACCGUUGACCUAUUUUAUUCUUUCGUUUUUGCUUGUGAUGUUGCAUUGUGGGAUGCUGGGUCAUGACCAUGCACCACUUUGUCAUGCACUCCCUUUUCUAGGCACAGGCAGGCAUUCGCCCUCGGUUGUCGACCUUUCUCUGCGCUUUUUUCUGUCACGCAACAGUACUCACAAUUUCCUGGAAAUUUGACCCAAAGCCAGCUAUCAAGACUGCGUACUGCAGGUUGUUCCUAUUGUGACCGUUUACCUUGACUCCUCCCUGAUCGCUGAUGUUACACAGUAGGCUACAUGUAUCAUUGUGCUGUAUAAAUAAAAGAGAACUGGAAAUAAGACACACCCUUGUCGCACUUCUCUGCAGAUUGAUCAACAUUCGCUAAGCUCGCUCUGGACCCUGAAAAUUGUCAAAGAUCCUAUAAUAUAGGAACUUUGAAGCUAUCCAGACUCUAGGCCUAAUCAUGGACUUAAUAAAGCGUGGAAAACCAAGUGUGUUUCGGAGAUUUCCCAUUGUGGGCAUUGCUGCACCUUUCUGACCCAAACGUUGUAUUGACAGACUGCUGUGAAGAUGUAGGCUACGUGUGCUAUCAUAGUAGAUCUAUUGAUACUACAGUGCAUGAACUGAAGAAGAUUCAUUCACUGUUUAUUCCCGUGUGAAAGUGACGUGCGAGACUAUGGAGCCCCAGCGGCUAUUCUUACAAAAAGCUGCCCUGAACGUCUUCAUCGACGACGAGGGUGAUUCCGACCUUUUGGACAGAGAAUCACCCGACGACACCGACACUGACAGAGCAACGGGACAACCACACAACGACAGCACGAAGGGUGAAGUGACGGACGCGGCCGGCAGAGGAACGCCAGACACCCGCCUCGUGGACACCAACGUGAACAACAACACGAAGAGGAACAAGUCGGCCGAUGCAGGCGACGGAACCAACCAGAGGAGCUUUCGAGCUCGCUUGCCGAGAGAAGUAGCCACGGGCAAGUCGAAACGUGUGGCGUCCCACGGCAACCCCGACGGAGACAGUUUCGCUGCUUUUCUCUCGGAUUCUGACGACGAGAGUUUCAUCAUUAGCCAGCUGGGCUCAGUCAAUAUGGGGGGGAACAAUGCGGUGAGGGAGAACACUGUCCCGUAUAAUGACAAGAGAGCUCAGGAUGACGACAGGAACGCUAACAGAAAAAGCUCAAUACGUUUCGAACACUUGGACUCAGACAACCGUGCGAGAAAAACAAGUUCUUGGGGGACGCCCAUGCCUUCCCUCAGCUUUUCCCGGCGCGUCAGCUCCUUCUUGGACUCCAACGUACGAGUGAAGAAUGUUGUUCCUAACACGUACAGAAUGGAGCCCCUUCCCGGACAGACGUUUUCUGCAGGAACGGCAAGGCGGAUGAUCGAGAACGUUGCAGACCGAAUCUUGGAAAACUACCAGUACAACAGACAGAAUGUCUCAAACAUAACCACAUUGAUUGCCUCGUAUGUGAUGAAAAAGAUCAAGAGGUUGGACUGCCCCAGGUACCGGUUCGUAUGUCACGUGACCAUGAUUCAGUUGACGGGUCAGGGUAUGAUGGUAGCUGACCGCGUCCUGUGGAGCCCGGCCACAGACAACUAUGCAGUGUACAAGGUUGUCGCGAAGACCUUCGUCUGUGUGAUCUCUGUGCACGGCGUCUAUUUCGAAUGAACGAGGCAAGGGUUACGAGUUCUGAUGACUUGGGUGCAGGUGGCACAGGGCACUGGUUUUUGCCCAUACACACCACGGAUAGUGCUGUCAACUGUCAACACCGUGCUGGGCCGGACACUGCGCACGUUGCUGACAUUCUUGAGGACAACCCCUUCCUCCACCGCGGUGUAUUACUUGAAUCGCGCAAUUAAUUCUUUGAAGUAUUAUUCGGAAGUAAUCUUUCUCUUUCAAAGUUCACUCAUGGCGGCGUCACAAUUGUGGCUUUAAAAAAUUUGGAUCAAGAGCGGAAAUUUAAUAAAUUUAUUAUUGACCCUCAUUC